GCCAAAUUGCAGUCUUGUGAAAUUGAAAACAAAAACACGGUUUUAACACGCAGAAAUGUCGGAGGAACCCAGUCAUGGCAAGGAUUACACUCUGGAGUCAGACUCUGAGCUGCGCUUCGAGAUCGAACAAAGGGAUGCCAAAGUUUUGGUCACUUUGGUCAACGGAUUUGCUGAGCUCUUUGGCACGGAGCUGGUGAAGAAAAAGAAGUACGAGUUCGGCGUGGGCGCCAAAGUGGCCAUUUUCACAUAUCAGGGAUGCGUGCUCCACGUUUCGGGCAAAAUGGAUGUCUGCUACAUAUCCAAGGAGACUCCAAUGAUCCAGUACUUAAAUUGCCAUGCGGCCCUGGAGCAAUUCCGGACAGAAGCCGAGGAUAAGGACCAACGUGGCCCAGUGGCCAUGGUCGUCGGACCCAUGGACGUGGGAAAGAGCACCUUAUGUCGCAUUUUACUUAACUAUGCGGUUCGUGUGGGCCGUCGACCGCUCUAUGCCGACUUGGACGUGGGCCAGGGCGCCAUCGCUAUAUCGGGAAACGUGGCCACUAUUCUCAUCGAGCGGCCAGCUAGUGUAGAAGAUGGAUUUCCAAAGACAGCGCCGCUUGUCUACCACUUUGGACACAAAUCGCCCAGCGGCAACAGUGUACUUUACAACUCGGUCGUCUCUAAAAUGGCUGAUGUUACCCUGCAGUCGAUGAAUAGCAAUAAACGAACAAAAAGCUCUGGCAUCAUUAUCAACACCUGCGGGUGGGUUAAGGGCUCCGGUUAUGCCCAUCUCCUGCAUGCUGCCCAGGCCUAUGGGGCCUGUGCCAUCUUUGUUCUGGAUCAGGAACGUCUCUAUAAUGAGCUUUUAAGGGACGUACCCCAGGGCGUCAAUGUGGUCUUGCUGCCGAAAAGCGGGGGUGUCGUUGAGCGCAGCAAGGAGCUGAGGCACGAGUCGCGGGAUCUGCGAAUGAAAGAGUACUUUUACGGCAAUCCACGGGCCCCAUUUUAUCCGUUCAGCUUCGAGGUAAAGUUCCAGGACCUGCGGCUUUACAAGAUUGGAGCUCCCCCUCUGCCAGAUUCCUGCAUGCCCAUCGGCAUGAAGGCCGAAGACAACAAGACCAAAGUGGUGGCUGUUACACCCACGCCCGCCCUCAUCCACCAUAUCCUGGCUCUAAGCUUUGCAGAAACAGUGGAGGAUGAUGUGAUUGGCUCCAAUGUAGCUGGAUUUUGUUGCGUAACCGAGGUGGACAUGGAGAGACAAGCUGUCAUGGUUCUUUCGCCCCAGCCACGACCUCUGCCCCCGAAUUCCCUGCUUUUGUGGUCGGAGCUGCAAUUUAUGGACAACCACACAUAGUGUUUAAAAAGAAACUUAAUUGUACUUUAAAUUUAUUAUUUUAAUUAAAGAUUUUAU